CGUCCCGCCCCGCGUCGUCCGCGCCCCGCCCCGUCCCCUCCCGGCGCCCCGCCCCGCCCGCCGAGUCCCGGCUUGCCGUCCAGCGCCCCUGCGCCCGGGAGCGCUGGCUCCGCUGGUCGAGAAAUGGACCAAUUUUGACAAGAUGUAGUGCUGCAGUGUGCCUGAUGGGAUAUGUUCAGUCAUGGCAUCCGAACUUUGUAAGACGAUCUCUGUGGCAAGGCUGGAAAAGCACAAGAAUUUGUUCUUAAAUUAUAGGAAUCUGCAGCAUUUCCCAUUGGAGUUACUAAAAGAUGAGGGACUACAGUACUUGGAGAGACUCUACAUGAAAAGGAACUCCCUUACAACCUUGCCAGAAAACCUUGCUCAGAAGCUUCCAAACCUUGUGGAACUGUAUCUUCACUCAAAUAACAUAGUUGUGGUUCCGGAAGCCAUUGGGUCCCUUGUAAAACUACAGUGUUUGGAUCUUAGUGACAAUGCCUUAGAAAUUGUUUGCCCAGAAAUUGGUCGUCUGAGAGCUUUACGUCAUCUUCGAUUAGCUAAUAACCAACUGCAAUUCCUACCUCCAGAGGUUGGCGAUUUGAAGGAGCUGCAGACACUAGACAUUUCUACCAAUCGUUUGCUAACUUUACCCGAGAGGCUUCACCUGUGCCUUUCUCUGCAGUACCUCACUGUGGACCGAAAUCGUCUGUGGUGUGUGCCGCGCCAUCUCUGCCAGCUGCCCAGCCUCAAUGAGCUCUCCAUGGCUGGAAACCGUCUUGCAUUUUUGCCGCUUGAUUUAGGUCGAUCUCGAGAACUACAAUAUGUGUACGUGGAUAACAACAUUCAUCUGAAAGGCUUGCCGUCCUAUCUGUACAACAAAGUCAUCGGGUGCAGUGGGUUAACCCUAUUCAUUGUGAGAGGGAACUUCCAGGAGGGGAGCAGCAUGGGAGCCAUCCUGGAGGAUGGCUGUCACAGAUUCCUUGCAUUCAUGCUCUUUGCUAGCCUCUUGGAAAACUGUGGUGCUCCCAUUCAAGUUUCCGAGGUGAAGCUGCUUUCCUUUUCAUCAGGGCAACUAACAGUUUUCCUCCCUGCUGAGGUGAAGGCCAUAGGGACAGAGAAAGAUCACGUCCUGCCUCUGCAAGAGCUGGCCAUGAGGAGUCUGCAUCACACCUACCACAGUUUUCUAAAAGAUCUGGACUUUCUGUCUCCAGUCUCAUUACCCAGAAGUCUUCUGGAGCUGCUGCACUGCCCCUUGGGGCACUGUCACCGGUGUAGUGAGCCCAUGUUUACGAUUGUUUACCCCAAGCUAUUUCCCCUGAGAGAGACGCCAAUGGCAGGACUGCACCAGGGGAGGACAACUGUGAGUUUUGUGGCUUACUGCUGCUCCACCCAGUGUCUGCAGACUUUUGACCUACUGAGUUGAUAAACACUCAAGAGCCUCAGGAGUGUUGCCAGCUUGACACUGCAGUUGCCUGCAUAUCGCACAGUGUGACAGAGGGACAGGAGAGUCCAUCCAGGCCCAACAGGCCCUUCCGAUCUGUCCUGUCACGCUUGGGGACUGCAGGACUCUGGAAAUGUCAUGAUCGAGCUUCAGAGCUGAAAUGCCUUCACCCUUCCCCCAAGUUGGAAUAUAUCCUUCCCCAAAUUAAGAACCCUUUGUCUUCCGUGUUUUUCUUUUAUGUCAGCGAGUCUCUUAUGCAGACUAUUUAGUUUGAUGUGCCUCCCCAAAUCUAAUUUAGAGCAAGUUUAAGCUCCCUGAAGAAAUGUAAUUUGAUAAUAUAACCAAAUUAACUUUUGAACACACAUACUUUCAGUGGUAUCUGUAAUCUUCUCAUCUCUCUUUCUUUCCCCAGAGAAUUAUUCCCCAGAGGUUAUUCUCCGUGUUUUUAACAAAUUUCAGUAAACCCUGUGACCUCAAUAGUAUUGAAUAGCAGUGGGGGGGGGGGGUGCCUGAGUUGGCUUCCAAGUUAGGCUCCAGUAGGGGCUUCAUGAGGGUCCUGGCACAUACCCUCUGGAAAGUUACAACCUUGUUUAUAAAGUUUUGCAACAUAUUAAGAGACUUUUGUGAGGGGGUUUUAAAAAUAAAACUGUAGAUUAUAAAUGAAAUACACACUUAUUUUGAAAAACUACAGAAAAAUAAUUUUCGAAUUUUUAAUUUCCUGAUAAGAUUUUUUUAUAUGAGAAGAGGGACAUAUGAGGCUUUAAAAGAUCUGAUCCUUUUCUUUCUAGAUUUAAACAUUUUCUGGCUACUGAGAAAGGGAGAGAAAAAACACAUUAAUAUAUGAUCUCUGGUGUUUUUUGUUAGAUGGGUUAUGGUUAAAUUUAUAUUGACUUUGAAAUAUUUUUGUUACAUAUGACAAACAGGCUUCAGCUACUUCUGCUACUAGUUUUUAGCAAGGUGAUUCUAAGUACAGCCUGUGCACAUUUAUUUAAAUACCUGGUGCAUUAGAUCAUCUUCAUUUUGACCUUAGGUUUCUUAUGUACUUGACACAUUGUUGUCCAGAUAACAUUGAGAAAACACAGGAAAAAGCAGGUCCAAAUUCAGCCUUGGACUUUUGCAAAAAGGCCAUAAAUGGAAAGUGUGAGAUUAUGCUCUGACAUAAGAUAAUGCUCUUAAUGGAGGACUCACAUACUUGCUCUUCCUUUGAAAGGAUGGCAUUUUAAUAUUGCUUUGCUGCCAGAUGUUCAUCUGGUAGCUGUGAAGUGAUUCUUUUUUUUACUUUUUUAAAAAAGUUUAAUUAUACAUAGUUUUCUCUGAGACGGGACUAAAAGGGAACCAAGAAGUUUUACUUGGUAGGAAAAUUAUUUUCAAAAAAUUUCAGACUUGUCAAAAAUUUGGUUUAUGGAAUUUUAUUAGCUGCCCUAAAUCUGUAAUGCUAGGCUCUAACAGUGCUAAAAAUCCUACAUAGUUACUGACAAAUGUGUGAUCUUUUCACAGUCACACCACCUGCUGCCUGGAAAACAGACUAUCCACAUAGAAUGGUGAAGGCAGAACAUUAUCAACUGUAUUUCCACUGUUCUUACUUCCUCUUGUCCCUUUCAUAACUUGGCCUCUUCAGCCUUAAUAUUUCAAAGGCUUAUGGUAUAAUAGAAACUGAAGAUCUAUAUCAAAAUGUAACACUUCUUUCAUCCUUCGGAAUAAUUGAAGUUUUAGUGUAACCCCUCCAUGUAUAUAAAUUGGGAGGUGAAAAAUGUGGCAUGAAAUUUCACAAAUGUGGUUCAGGCCUAUGUGGCUGCUACCUAUCAUUUAAGUGACAGUAAUAUGUUUCAACAUCUUUCUACUUUACCCUCUACAAUCAUAUGUCUUAAAAUGGAACUAUGAAAUUUGCUAACCUGAUAUUCAGGAUUCUGUUGAGAUAAGGAUAUGUAAUACUUUUAACUUGUUUGAAAUUUUACAAAGACACUUACCAUCCAAACAGCCUCUGUACAAGCAAUGUGUGUUGAACACCAGCAGUGGGCUAGGCAGACAACCUUUGGGUGGCCUCAGCCUUAAUCCUUGAUGCAGCACCCAGCUUAAUUGAUGAGAAAUGGAACUUAUAAUAUGGCUUCUUUGGUGCUGUUCAUUAUAAAAAUUUUGUACUGGAUUCACUGAUGUAUUUUGAUACUAUAAAGAAGUGUUGUAGACUGGAGAAGAUUUGCCUACAGUCUAAAUAUUUAAUUGUGUCCAGAGCUUUGCAGAAAAUUCUAAAGUUACUAUAUAUAUGUUUUCUUGAGCAAUGGUUAUACUAGGUAGAGAAAUAAUUCAUGCAAUUAUAAUAAUGCCCAAAAAAGUGAGUUAUUUGGAAAAUACAGUCUGUUCAGGUAAGUUUACAUCAGUAAUCUGAUAUGUGGUUAAUGGUAAAUUUUAAAAUACAGGAUACCCUGUUGGGCAUAGGCCUUCUUAUGAUAUAGUACAAGGGGGGGGUCCAUUUAAAGUGAAUUACCCUAUCAGUGUUCUUCAAAAUGCCCAAUUGUUAUCAUACCAAAAUCUUCAAUUACAUAACAUUGUGUAGAUGAAUGAAAUGUUGCAUCUUCAAUGAAUAAAAUAUAUAUUUUGAGCACACUUUAA